UCUCCACCUGUACUUGUACCUGUACCUGUACCUAGGGAUCGGAGCAACACCCAGCAAGCCCCUAGCCCUUUUCCACCUAACCUAACCUAACUACCCUUUUCUCUCAUGCAUGCAAGUAACCCGGUCGAACCAACUCCAUUGGUGCACCCGACAGAAAGUCUAAACCACCUCGCAAGCUAUCGCAAAUCGCCAGGACGUACAUAUCACUAGAGGAGAAAUCGAACUUCAUCGUCAUCAUCCUCAUAUUAAGCUCUCGACCCUGCUCAUCCAAUAUCAUCAUUAUCACGACAACAACCACGACAACCAAAAUCACAUCAAUCACAGUCCCUCAACCCCUCUAUCACUCGCAAUACCUUCCCCACCUACUAGAAGACGACGCUGCCGACGCCGACGACGACGACAACGACAACGACGAUGCUCUCCAUGUUCCAUGACGACCCUUCAUCCUCCACAAUCCGCAUGCCAGGAAUAGUCAAGCUCCAGCCGGCAGUAAUGCCUUCCUCCUCCUCCUCCUCAUCUUCUCCCUCGUCGUCACUAGGCGAUAAAAUGCAGCGAAAAAGAGCCGCGCGAGCAUGCGAUCAAUGUCGAAGACGGAAAUCCCGUUGCGAUGGUUUAAUGAAUUGUUCGGCCUGUAGCACGAUUGGGUUACAAUGCUCGUUUGGACAUCAGGUGAAGCAAUCGCGUGGACCCGCUUACAUCGCGCAUCUCGAACAAAAGAUUGAAGCGCUACAAGACCGACUCCGACAUUCCUCGUGCGGAUCCGAACAGAGUAACAACGACACGGACGAAACCAUGACAACACAAACAUCUCCAUCUCUGAGCAACCCAGACAGACUUUCGAUUGGAUCGCGAGAACGACUGUCGACAAUUUCCGCCGAUUCGUACAGCAGCAGCAGCAGCUUCUUGAAACAUCAUCUUACCGGUGGUAGUAGUAGUAGUAGUAGUGGUGGUGGUGGUGGUGGUAGUGAUAGUAGUAGUGGAACCACGAAGAAGAUGGCGUCGAUGAGACGCACAGAUACGAUGAUGGCGUCGUCGUCGUCGUCGGUCGAUGAGAUGAUGAUGAUGCCCACCAAGUAUAUCGAGACCAUCACCACGGAGCCACGAGGGAAACCGUUUGGAUUCGAUAUCCUUCGCCAACUCAUCAAUUUCAUCAACCACACCGGCACGGCACCGACGUUGCCGCAAGACUCGUCUUUGAAAGUCGUUCAAGCGCUGGACAGCUCUCAUUCCAUUGACAAUCUUCUCGCGGGUCCAAUGAGCAGUAAUACGUUACUCCCACCGGCCAAGGACGAGGCAUUGAAAUUGGUGGAAAUUGCGUUUGGCGAAGCAUUUCAUCUGUGGCCCUUUGUGGAGAGAUCCCAGAUCGAGACUACCAUCUAUCGACUCUACGAUACCAACACUUUUGGCCGAGACUUUGGUGACAAGGAAGAAUUGGGUCUGGUCUACUCCGUGCUGGCCCUCGGUCAACGUUUCGACCACUCUACGACUGUAUUAGCGGAAACACGUCGAGUUCAGGGCAUUGCGUACUUUGCUGCUGCGCAGGAACUCGUGCCGCUGAGUCACUGUGAUCGCAAUCUGUCGGCCAUUCAAACAGUGUUGUGUCUGGCGCUGUUUUUGAAAGCCGCUUCGGCGCUGGGACGGACGCAUUCGUAUCUUGCCGCUGCCGCGAGCGCUGCUUUGCGACUUGGUCUACACGAGGAUACCCCUGGGUUUCCCAAAGACGAAAGCGUGUUGAGACGGAGGGUCUGGUCGGCGCUGAACGUCUUUGACGCAUACACGUCGAUUGCGCUUGGCGUGCCGAGGACGGUCGGAUUCGAAUGUGACGAGCAGGACUUUUAUCCUAGUAUGUCUUCGAUGGGGUCCGAAUCGGGAUUGGUAGCGAGUAAUGAACAUAUGGAGAUGAUGUGUACUCUGAGCCGCGGAAUCACAGCCGUGCACAACACUGCCACGGCGAGAAGAUCCGCGGGUCUAGGCGCAUACUCGAUCUCUCAGCAAGCCAUCCAAGAAGCAGGUGCUGAACUGGAGGAGUGGGCUCGGAAUUGUCCGUUGCCGUUGCAAGCCGCUGACCAUAUGACCCGAUCGCAGCUAUAUCUGGCGUAUGCAUACGACUAUGCACAACUGCUCCUGUACUCUCCUUUUGCGCACUAUCUCACGAUGCCUACCGUGGAGAUCAACUCGCCACCUUAUACGCUCGGACUCAAGGCCGUCAACGCGGCGUUGCACGCAAUCCAGGUGGCAGAACUGCUGCACAAGCAACUUCGACUCGACGAAGCGUAUUUCUUAACUGUCGACGUUCUGGUCAUUGCAGCCACCACUCUUCUGGUAUUUGAGCUCGGCAGUGGCAGGGAAAGUCCGUGGGUGCACGAAGCCUUACACGCUAGCGGCAUUGCCAAGGGACUUGGCCAUACAAACACGUGUGAAGAAAACCAAAGCGCCCGGAACCAUUCAGAUGCCACCACGUUUCGACCAUCGGCCGGCGACGCUCCACCAGAUUGAUAGUGCUGUGGAUGUGGGUUUCAACUCGCUGCAGUUCUCGCAAACUGAAAGCGUGGCAUUUGGCGGUCCGCACAUGAUGCCAAUCGAGGGCGGCGUCUUAUGAUGAGUAAUAUUGCAAAACUGUGCUCGCGGACCGUAGCGCAACGAUCAGCCUUCUUCAGCACCAACUUUCGGGACUGGACAUCACAGGCGUACACUGCCAAACAUGGAGAGUCUACUCGGCGAGGAGGAUGUGGAGGACUUUUGCUUUUGCCCUGGGGGCACAAGAGUGUUGUUGGCUUGGCCCGGUUCUAGAGUGUGAGCAUGCAUAGCGAGGCGUAUGGCGGUAAGGUGACACAGGUUGGUCCAACGAAUAAUGAAGAUACGAGAGAAACAGGAUGGAGCAUUUGAAGCCGGCAACGGCAUCGCCCAGCAUGUUCAGUGUUGCGUUGUUGACUAUCAACUGGUCAACCUGAUGCCUUUCAUGUCUCUUUGUUCGUAGUCGUGUACUUCGUACGGCCCAUACGCGCGCAUUGUACCCGAAGAUAAGUCAGGAGCGAAUCGGCACUUUGUUCGCAGUGCGACUACGGCAUUGGCCUUUGCUGCGGGAAUCUCUCUCCGGCGCUGUUUCUUCUAGAAGCCAGCGCGCACGUGCUCCGCAUAGCGAGCAAAGAUGUCAACGCUCGCUUCUCUGGCAGGACCGAUCAGGUUCGCAUUUCUCAUACGUUGGUCCAGAGCCUCUUUCUCGCGUGGUAUUCUCUCCACAAUCACCUUCCGAGGGAAAUACUAUUCGCCCUCGUUGGCCAAUCGGUGGACUACCGGCACGGAGCUUGGUGGUACGCUGCCGUACUCGCAAAUGACCAUGUCGAUGAAGUCGGCUGGCGUAGUAUCAUACAUCAGAUUCAAGAUCUGCAAGUUUGGUAUCUCCUUCCAGUCAUCGAGUGUCUUCGACUUGGUCUCUUCGUCAUCGACUCCGUGGAUGGUAGACGUGAUCGGUGGCGGUAGAAGCUCUUCAGCUGGGGCGACCUCGUUCGAGGCAAUGCUGUCCAGUGCCACUUUGCCACUAAACUUGACUGACUCACAGCAUACGACGACAGGGACAUCCAACUGGUGUGCAGUCAUGGCAACGGCUGCGGUUCCUAUUCGAGACUGAAGGCGACCAUUUGACAGCAUACUGUGUGCGCCCAGGAGGACGACUGAUGCAUGUGUCAUGGCGUUUGCGAGUCCGUGGAAAGCGGUAUAUUCGACCUUUAAACCAGCCUGCAUAAGUGAAGUCGCGAGCUUCUUGCCUUCGUAUAGUGGACGUGAGUCGAUGCAAACCACACUAAAUUUGACGCCACUAGCGUGAGCGAGCAGAAUCGUCUUUUCAACAAUCGAGCUUUUGGCGUAUGUGAGCACCACUGCGCCGUCCUCGAUCUGUUGUGAAGCCGUAGUUGCAAUGGCUUGAUCCGUGACUUCGAUACGCUCCUGUAUGAAAUUGUCGAUGGACGCACACAGAUGAUCUUUAGCCUCCUGUUCCGGAGUGCUUGGGUCCACUUCGACGAUCAGCUUCUUGAGCCAUCUAAUGGAGUUUCCCAUGGAUUCUGAAAGGGGCCGGCAAGAUUUGAGGUAUUCAAUUUGUGGUGAGAGGUGGUGCGCGGUCAUGUGUCGGGCGAGAGAUGUCCCCUUAGGAGUGGUGUACUGCUGAAUCGCCUCUUUGAACGCAUUGAGCAUCGCAACGCAGCGUGCAGUGCUGCCCGUGAUUUCAUAGCUGCUGAAUUGGAAGCCGAGCGCAAGGAUGACGGGCAGUACGUCUUUCGAAGCGCCAUCAACAUUUUGUCGUCGUGGGUGCGCGUAUAGGUGGCUGCACAGUUCGACAUUCUUGCUCUCAGCUUUUUUUUCCUUCUCUGCCGCCGCCGCGGCCUCCUGGAGUGCGCUUUGUGCGGCACAUGUCGCGCAAGCCGGCAGCUGUCCUUGCGCUGGUGCCUGUUGUACGCUCACUUGUCUGUCCUGCCUCUCUGCUUUCUGUCCGCCAUGCUGCGACUGCGACUGUUGCUGUUGCUGCUGGGCAGUCUGCGGUCCUCCAGCACUGAUUCCCUUGGCCUCUUUCUCUGCUGCUCUCCGAGCCUGUUUCUCCGCUUUUGCUCUCUUCUUCAGCUCUGCAGGUGUCACUGCCGCUGCUGGUGCCGCCACCGCUGGUGCUGCCGCUGCCGCUGCCGCUGGAUCAGACAUUGUGCUAGCAAGACUUACUGAAGUUGGAGCAUUUCUCUCAAGGUCACUAGUCGCUCGCCAAUUGUUCAACAGCUCGUGCUUGUGUUUGCACUCUGGUCGACGUGAUGGUUGGUGAAGUGAAGUACAUAGGUCGG